GUACUUCGUUGAUACUCGUUGCAUCGAAGCUGUCAUAUUUCGCGAAUUUUUCUUCCCAAUCGCACCAAGUGGAAAAAGCAGCAUACGAGAUGGCUCUACGUGGUUUCAGCUUGCCCAUGCAGCGUCAGCUGUUGAAACAGAUGAUUAAAACUGUCCAAAACGGCAGCGUUGCCUCCGUUCACACAUUGGAUAAAAUUGGUAACCGCGAAAUUGUCGGACACGGCUUGAAUGGUAGCGCUUGUUAUGUUGACCGUACAGAUUACCCAAUGCCUGCGAUUCGUUUCCGUGAGCCAACCAACGAAAUUAAAGCACUCCGCGAAAAGGAGAAGCAAGAUUGGAAAAAGUUGAGUCAUCAGGAAAUCAAAGCCCUCUACCGUGCUAGCUUCUGCCAAACGUUCGCUGAAAUCCAAGCACCAACUGGUGAAUGGAAACAACAUGUGGGUAUUAGUCUUAUCUUCACGGGUUUGGCCAUAUGGAUCGCCAUUUUUAUGAACUUAUUUGUUUAUGAUGAGCUACCAGUUACCUUCGACGAAGAGCACCAAAAGGCCCAAUUGAAACGUAUGAUUGAUUUGGAAGUCAAUCCCGUCACUGGUUUGGCAUCCAAAUGGGAUUAUGAAAACAAUAAAUGGAAGAAUUAGAUAAGUUAAGUGUGCUGGUCCGUGAUGCUUCUGCACCAUUUAUAAGUCUAAAGCAAUGAAACCUAGCUGAAUAUACAUCAUUUGAAAAUUAAAGUAUGCAGCAAGCAAAUCUUGUUUUAAAAUUAUUCGACUAAGCUAUUUCGUUGAAUGAAAUACACCUAAAUCAAUAGCUUAACAAAGAAAUUUAUGAGGAAAAGUAUUGAAAUAGGUAAAAAUUACAAUUCUACCUAUAUAAACGCACUUUAAUGCUAAUAAAAAGGCGCUUCAUUCGACAAAAUGU